AGAACCACUUUGUCAGUGCUACGGGGAUUGUUUACCCAGUCAAACGUAAACACGCGGAACGCUCCACAAUAGAAAAUACAAAAAAAAAUAUUUAAGACAUUGAAAUGUGCGCGACAAUUUGUAUGUUUUGAUUGAUUAAAAUUAAGUGGAAAUAGUUAAGUUUUUCAAUGGGCAACUGCAAUUCAAGGAAGACUCAUAAGGAGCCCGACAAGUUUUUUGAACGCGAGAGAUGGAAGGAACAGGUGCGGGAAGAGCAGAGGAAGUUGAAGGUGAAGCAGGCGAAGCGGCGGGAGGGCAAGAACGAGCCCCCGGUGACGCCGGCCGUGCUGGCGGCGCCGCCGGGGCCCUGCCCGCCGCCCACGCCGCAGCACGUCAGCUCCUACGACGACGAGGCUCUCAACCGCAUGCGCUACCAGCUCCACAAUGACUCCGAAGCCUUCCUGCUAAACAAUAUCCUGCUCUCCGUGCAAUUCUUUGAGAACUAUGAGCGGGAAGUGCAUCAAAUCAAAAAUAACCCAAUAAGUGAACGUGAGCACUUGAUCAACGAAGCGAUGGUGCGACAAAAUAAGCACGUGUUCUUCGCUGAUCGAUUGCAAGAGUGCGUUCAUGAGCAUGUCAGCUACCAGAGGAGCCGAGGCCAAGCGGAACCACUGCUGGCUCCGAGACUCUUCGUUAUCUAUGACAACGUGGAACCCAGUGAACCAGGAGAUACUUCAGACUAUAGCGCAGUUCUCGAUGCACCUUUCUACAAAUUACGCAUAGAGGACGGCAAAGAGUCAGGGUAUGUUAAACUAAGGAAAAUGGAAGUCUUAGAGAGCACUCUCAAUAAAGAAAAUGAAAUGAUUACCAUGAAUAAAUCGGAUUCCGAUGAUAGCAUAUACACCGAUUCCGAGAAAGAAUCAAAUGAUUCUGACGAAUAUCCAUACAAUGCUAGCAAAGGCGAAGAACUAUUAAAACAAAUUAAAAGUAAAUUGGAGACUCAUGAUGCGUCGGUAACAACAGAUACCAAGAUAUUCACACACGACACAAAUGUUGCAGUCAGCAGAAGAUAUAGUGGACCUAUAAAACAAGUCAGUUUACAAGUAACAAAAAACAGUAUUUCAAACAUUAACAGACUAAAAAAAAUCAAUGGAUUGCCUGAAGAAGAGGAUUCAAGUGAGACUAACAUUAAUGGAAUAACAGAUAAGACAACAUCGUAUGACGAAAGUUAUACAGCCCCAAGGAAAUCUAUUCUAAAAAAUAACAGAAGGUUAAGUGGUCCAACCAGAGAUCUCAAAAAAUAUCCGAGCAUAGAUAUGCGCCAGGCUUAUUCAGAAAGUAAUUUAGCUGAAGAUACUGAGACUUCUGGUUACAGAUCGAACUCUAGUAGCAGGCAGGCUGAAUGUAGUGAAACUGAAUCUGAUUACGGUUAUUCCACCAUAACGGAAGCGGCUACACCGAAAAAAAUUGAACUAAGUCUGAAAUCUAACUAUUCACUAACAUCAGGUGCUUUACCGGAUGAAACUUGGACACCCGUAGAUAUAAGAGCUUUGGGUGACUGGAGCGACGAAGACGAUGAUGAUGAAAUAGCUGAAAGUGCAUCGAAGUCAUCUAUACCAGCUACCUUGUUCGAGAGAUGUUAUUAUCUCAAUUCUUUUAGAUUUAUGAAUAAUUUCGUGGACAACUUUAUAAUUAAUUUGGGUUCGGGAUUAGGUUUGACACCAGAAGAAGUGAACACCGCUUUAACUCAGGGUGCCAGUAUUUAUUGCGAUUCCUUUAAAAAUGGUUCCAAGUCAGGUUAUGAAAUAUUUCCAGCACUUGUUGCAACUUGGCCCAAUGCUGCCAAUCAAUGGAUUAUUAGAGAGAGGAGAAUAAUUCAAAAUCCCAGAACAAACUUCACUUAUCAAUGGCCCACAAAAUACAUGGUCAGCAAAGCUAUAGGCUUUGGAUGCUUGCUUGUGCCCGUGGGAUUUAGACCAAAGAGGGGCCAAAAUCCAGACCAGACCUUACAGUGGAAACUAAUAUUCCCGGCAGCUGAACGUUAUCUUGAGAGUUGUCUGGCACAUUCUCAUAUCCGCUGCUACUUAUUCACUUUGGCAUUACACAAGACUUUCAUAGAGAACGAUAAAGCCAAAAUCGGCGUAGAUGCUAGUCAUAUCAAAAAUCAUCUGUUCUGGCAAUGUGAAGAUAAUUAUGCAAAAUGGCCAGAAGAUCGACUUGGUGAAUCUUUGAGAUUAUUUUUAACUAGCUUAUAUGGCCACUUUAUGAAAACAAGAAUGCCAAAUUAUUUUGUGGAAAGUUGCAAUGAAUUUUUGAGCAUACCUACACCCCUGCUGCAUGCGCAACAAAGAUCUUUAGCAGAUAUUCUAGAGUCCCCUGUAAUGCAUGUUCUUCACGCUCUCGACAAGAUUAAAUAUACGAAGAGAGAUUUUUAUCCUUCAUUCAACUGUAAAAGGCUGUAUGAUAUUUUGACUUGCAAAAAUCCUUUGCGCAUGAUAAAUCCCAAUUUACCGCCAGUUGUCUCACAUUAUCAAGAUAGUUCUGAUAGCGAGGAUGACACACAAAUCAAUUUUUGGGAUAAAGCUAAAGCGCAGGAUAAAAACUAUCAAUGGCAAAAAGAAAGACAGCGUCAACUACUGGAACGAAGAAAAGUUCAAGUUUCCACCAAAAAGCAGAGGCCGGUUAAGCAAGAACGAGAAAUUUCCAGAAAAUUCAUAAUACCACCAAGAAUGGAAACCGAGCGUCGACGUCUGGUCUUCGAAUUUUUCAUUCCCCAUUUCAUUGCAAUGGCGCGUUCAAGCGAAAAAUUCGAGGCAAUUCGACAGGCGGUAAUAUAUUUGGAGCAGGCUCAGAGACUCUGCACUUUGCUUUUAGAGGAGCCAGGUGGUGAUAUGACAGCCAAUGAGUAUUUAGAAGUGAUUAGAGAGAAAUUAUCCGAUUGUCAGAGAAAGUUAGUAAAUCAAGGUGGUUAUAAGUUACCGCCCCGAAGAGAAAGCAAGACUGUACGGACAGCGCAUAAACCACUUCGCAAGCAGCGGCCCAAGUUUGAAGAAGUUCAAGAUUCACCGACUGAUAACCCUGGAAUAUCAGCUUUCACCUUUGUUGAUGUACACGCUGACAACUCUUCAAGUCACAGUCACAUGAAAUUGAAUGAGUUUGUAAAUGGAGAGGAGUCCAAACUGUAACCAGUGUAAUAUAUAGAAUUAAUGUGCCUAUUUAUUAUUAAGAUUGUAUUGUAUUUAGAUUAAUCAAGUUCUCGGAAUUCGUUAUAAAUUAUUAACAUAUAUGGAAUCUCGUGUUUAUUGUAGCAAGUAAAAUAAUGUACGACAAUGUGUUACUCAUCACUUUAAUAUACAUAAUUUGUUAUUUAACCAUUGUAAAGUAUCUAAAAAUAAACUAUCUGAUAAU